AUGCUUCACCGAGCCUGCGCACGACAUCACCUCGCCCGUCACUUCCGCCUUCCCCAUGCUCAGAACCUCGUUGCGCGAUUCUUCACAAGCGCACCACCUCUCUCCUCCCGCAACCGCCCCGAGAAGCACAAACUCAAGGAGAAGGAGAAAAUAAACUACAAUCCCGACAUAUUCUUCGAGGAGCAGCCAGACCCCGAACAUGCCAGCUAUGCGCGCGUCACCGCGAACGAUCUCGAGCGUGCCACGUCCCCGCCGACGCGAGUGAAAAUGCUCGUCCGCGACUUCAUCGAGGACUCGCUCUAUAAUCCCCACUACGGCUACUUCCCAAAACAAGCGACCAUCCUCACGUCGACAGAACAAAAUCCCAUCGAGUUUAACACCAUGCGGGACGAGGCGCAGUUUCAGGACGAAAUUGCGAGGAGGUAUGCAGCUUAUGAUGUUGAUGAGCACGGAGGUCCUGGGAAGCAGAUUUGGCACACACCUACAGAGCUCUUUAAGCCGUACUAUGGCCAGGCCAUUGCUCAAUGCAUCGUCUCGGAAUAUCUCCUCAAAUACUUCCCUUACGAGGAUCUCGUGGUAUACGAGAUCGGUGCUGGGAAUGGGACGCUCGCUCUCGACAUCCUGAACUAUAUUCGGGAACAGUAUCCGGAAGUCUACGAGCGGACACGGUACAACAUUGUCGAGAUCAGUGGGCGGCUAGCAAAAGUGCAGGAAGAAACACUUUUGCCCGAGCACCCGUGUGUUAGCAUAACAAACAAGAGCAUCUUCCACUGGAAUAAGCGGGAACCGUCGCCUUGCUUUUUCCUCGCGAUGGAAGUUGUCGACAACUUUGCACAUGAUAUGAUCCGCUACGACUACCGCACGCUCGAGCCAUACCAAGCCCUCAUCACUAUUGACGACUCGGGCGACUUUGGGAUCUACUACACACGGGUCACCGAUCCCCUCAUCUCAUCCUUCCUCUCCCUCCGGCGCCGCCUCGGCCAUCCUCCGCCCCUCCCCUCGCUCCUCAAAUCCAACACCGUGCGCUCCAUCUACACCAAUCUCCCCUUUGCGCCGAACCUCUCCAUGCCCGAAUACAUCCCCACGCGACUCCUCAGCCUCCUGCGCACCCUGCGCACACACUUCCCGCAUCACCGCCUCCUCCUCUCCGACUUCAAUGCGCUGCCGGACACGAUCCCCGGCGUGAACGCACCCGUCGUGCAGACGCGGUACAAAAACACUACGAUCCCGUGCAGCACGCUGUUCGUGCGCCAGGGGUACUUUGACAUAUUCUUCCCGACGCACUUCGAGCGCCUCCGGGACAUGUACGAGCACGUCCUCGCGCAGCCGCUUAACCCCACCGACUCGGCGCCCGUGGUGGACACGCGGCUCUCGCCGCUCGCGACUAGCGCGUCCUCGCUCGCGUCCGGGUCAGGCUUCUUCUCGUCGUACCAGCCGCGGAACAGGCGGCCGCCAGUGGACGGCAUGGCGAGCGCGAGUGGGUUACCGGUCGGGGAGCGCAAGUCGAGUGUGUUCACGCACGCGGAGUUCCUAGAGACGUACGCGGACUUGAGCAAAACGAGGCUGAGGAACGGGGAGAACCCGCUGCUGGAUUUCUAUAAGAAUGUCAAGUUCUUGUUCUGA